AUGCCAUCCCGUGACGAGAUUACCGAACUGUGGCUCAAGGGAGACACCUCUAACAUAUCAGCUGGGUCGCAGAAUGCAGCUGCCCAACAUGAAGCUCUGAUAGAUGGAGCUGUUGACGCAGCGCGAGGAACACAGGCGGUUCUUGCGGAAGCUGUUAGAGAGUCAGCAGAGCGUUUUGCUAUACAUGCAGGCAAGAAGUUGGCAUUGUCUGGUUCAGGUACAGAAGAUAUUGAAAUGAAACAAUAG